CGUCAGUUCUGCGGGCACUUGCCGCGCCGGUCAAAAAGGACGAGGACGUCACCUGCGCUGACACCACAAAACUGGUCAACCAGGUUAGCUUUACGUCACAGUCUCCCAUUGAUUGAUGACGUACAUGUGCAUGUUAUGUUCUCAAUGAGUACCUAAAUAGAUAAAAUGACAUAUUGAAUUGAUGGAUGGAGUUGUCUUUCUUUAUUACUGAAAAGUGGGGGCGGAUUUCUCAAAUAAUUUGUUUAUUUUCGUUUCGUUAAAAAAAAAAAAAAAAAAAAAAGAAAAAAUGAAAAAUAUAAAAAAAAAAAAAACAAAAAAAAAAAACAACUUAAAAAAAAAAAAAAAAAACGGUGUUCUUUGCAAGUUAGAGCUCUUUGACGCCCCGAAUGUCUCGAGCAAUCAAACCACUGCUCAGACAUCACUCAUGAAAGUUGAAAGAUUAUUUUCUCAAAAAACUCUUCAUAGGUUAAAUUUGACAUUAAACACAUUAAUACCGUAAAGAUGAUGUGUACAUUUUUAAAACUAGUUUUUGUUUGUAAUUAAAAUUAAAUUGUUUUUUUUAAAAAAAAAAACAACAACAAAAAAAAUUUGGUACAAUAUUCUGAAACAUGCAUUUGUAAUAUAAGAAAUUAAUAAUUGACAAAUUAUGACACAAAGCAAUUUUGUUGUCAAAAUUCUACAGGAGUCUUCAUCCCCUACAUCUGAAACCUAUAAUCCUAAUGACAGCAUUAUCGAUAUGACCAACAGCCCUGUCGCUGCCAAGCUGGCCAAUGCAGAUCCAAGUCGAGACAGCGGGUCAGCGCCUCGAAAUUCCCCUUAUUUAAACAUCAUUGAGCCGCCAUCAAAAUACGAGAGCAUGAGGAGGACGUCCCUGCCGCUGCUUCAAGUUGGGCAUGUUCCUUUUUCUAACGUGAAAGCAAAGAACGAUGUGAAAAUCUUCGGCUCCCAGUUCGCAUUGAACAAACCCCAGACCCCUGAGAUAAUACGGCUAUCGCCAUCGGUGAAUCCCAGGCUGUUGUCAUCCGUACCCGGUUUGAGUAAAGGGUCAGCACCCCAGACGCCGGAGAUCGUACAGCUGUCACCAUCCGCGAACGCCCGGCUGUUGUCGUCCGAGCCCAACUCCAGAAAGGGGUCGCCGACCCUGGGCUCGAAAAUGGGGUCGCCGAAGUUUCUGGCGCAACUCAACGCUCUGCUGCCGAUGCAGAAGAUGGCGUCGUCCACCCCGGCGCUCAAAGACGAUGCUGUUGAGUACAGCAACAGUCCAACGUUUACACCGUCGUUGAACUCCUUGGCCAGGUAGGACAUGACCUAAUUUACAUCCUAUAAAUAUUUUUUUCUUCUCUUUUCAUGGGUCCCUUACGUAUUUGAAUAUGUCUACCAUUCCCUGUUAAUCUCAUACUCAAAUUCUUUGAUUUAACGCGUCACUUCCGUAGUUGAAUAUGACCAUUUCCUGUUACUCUCAUAAUCAAAUUCUUUGAUUUAACGUGUCACUUCCGUAGUUGAAUAUGACCAGUUCCUGUUACUCUCAUACUCAAAUUACCCAAAUUCUUUGAUUUAAUGCGUCACUACCGUAAUCUAUAAUUUCCUGUUACUCUCAUACUCAAAUUACCCAAAUUCUUUGAUUUAAAUGCGUCACUACCGUAGUGUAAUGUCUAUCAUUCCCUGCACUUUACACAUCUAUAAAACAAGCUGAGAGUCUUUGUCUCUGUCUUAAACUGUCAAAGAUUUUUUUGGCCCAUGCGUUCACUUGCCUUUAUUUACCUCUUUCAGGUCUUCAUCUACCCUUUUUAUACAAUUUUUUUUUAAAUCUUAGUUUUAUUUUAGUUGUACUACAAUACAAAACUGUUAUUUAAAAUCUAAGCAAAAUUACAUGCAAAAAAUUAAAACAACCUCAGAUAGCAUUGAGAAAAAAAAAUGCAAAUUAUGGUUCAAACGUCCUUGUGAAUUAUUUUCGUGUUAAAUGGAACGUUGAAAUGAGGUUAAGUUUAAUUUGAUAAAAGUCUGUGUUUUUUUUUUACAUGUAUUGCCAAACAUCUAAGAAAGAUAUCUUUUUACUUCCCCACUCACUAAAUAAACCAAUUAUUCCUCUUUUUAUUUUAUUUCAUUUUGUUUGUUUUGUUCAGUUCUAAUUCCACUGCUAACAUCGCGGGUGAACAGGAGUCUCCCUACAGCAACGAUGGCGUUGAGCGGGGAGCAUACUCUCGUCUCAAUCCUUUUGGAUAUCAGACUAAGAUACUACACAAUGUUUAUGAUGGAUGAAACAUUAUUGCUAAUGUCACAGGGAUCCCCAUUUCCGAUGGCUUUGGGGGGCCAACACACUGCCGGGGCCAUACAUUUUUUUUUUUAUUGUUUUCAGUUUCAGAUAUUAAAAUUCAAUUUGUCAUUGAAUCCCUAGUAAGACGUCAUCCGCGAAUGACGUCACGCUGUUUGGGGCAAGUUUCUAUCGCUCCCACUCCCAGCCCUCACCCCACCACUCCCUUCCAAACCAAAUAUUUAAGGGAAAAAAAAAUAAUGAAAAUAUUUUAUCGCUCUAAAUACCCCUGGAAUGACGUCUCUCAUCAAAUUUCUGACAGUGUGAUAUUUACCUUUAGUCGUUCUAACUUACAAUUUUCCCGAGAUAAUAUUUUUUAAAAAUUGUUG